GGUUGACAUGGCUCUUUCUCAGUGAUGCGCUUCUCUCCCACCGCCUCUUUCCCUGCGUUUCUCUAGGUGUGACAAUGGUCUUGCCGCCCCCCAUGUUGACUUCGUCACUACCGCUCUUACCGUCAUCGACUCCAUCAUCUAUGACAUGGCUUUCGGUUUUUGCACAAAUUUCAAGUUCAUCACCAUCCUCCCCCCCUCCUCCACCCCCCCCCCCCCUCCGUUUGAAAUCUGAUUUCUUCCCCCCAAAUUAGUGAAAUUUCGGAUUUGGAGGAUUUUGAUUUUUCAAAUUUUGGGAAAUCUGAUUUUGAACUCACCAUGGCGUUUAUUCCAAAAAAAAUGCCACAUAUUGUGAAUAAAACUGCCAAUGUUGUGUUCCAUUUUUGUUCACGGUGGAGUAAUUUUUAUGUUGUGGAUAAAAUGGCAUUUUUGGCAUCAAGAUGAUAUUUUGAAGUUCAGAAACUUUUGGCAGUCAUGCGUCAAAUGCUCUUGUUAUAAAAGAAAACUCAUCUACAAUAUACACUUAUUGUUUUUCUCACCAAUGAAAACCCGACCAAAGUAGGUAAACUUUUAAAGGGAUCAAUUUUAAUCAAGAAAACCAUUAAAGUCCAAAUUGAAAUCACAUUUUACACUCACUACUCAUCUUCUGUGCAUGUGGCCUCAAACCAUCCAAGCUAAGAGUACUUGAUAAAAUAUAUUUGUGAUGGAACUACUUUAAAAUGUCUAGACAUUUCAAGUAUCUUUAUUGAAAAAUUGAGAGUUAUAAAUUUAAUUAUACUGUCUACUCAAUGAAGAAAGUAUUAUUGGGGUUGAAGAGUUUUUGUCUUAUUUUGCAUAUGCAUGAAUAUUUAGCUUGUGGGAAAAUAGUCGGGGAUGGAAAGUGGCAAAAACUCUACUACAUACUAGGUACGAAGUAUGAAUAUUACAUUCUCCUCAAAGAAAUUGAUACUUGUCUAUUCUCUAUACGACAUUAGAUUGUUAUGUUAGAUGGUUAAAUUUCACUCUAUCGGUGUUUCAUUCCUUGUACAGACUGAACCUUCAGCUUGUAUUGCAACUAAAACCCCUUGUUUGGUGCGACUAUAGAUUUUGCAUAUGCUGAACAUAGAUUUUGUGUUCAACACAUGAUCAGAAACUUUCAAAAGAUGUUUCGUGGAAAAGAAUUGAAGGACUUGUUGUGGAAAGCUACUAAAGCAAGUUAUGUGAGUGCAUUUCAGAAGGUAAUGAAACAGAUUGCUGAAAAAUCCAAAGAAGCAUAUGAUUGGAUUAACAAAAAGAAUCCACAGGAAUGGUCAAGAUCCCAUUUCUCAAGUAAUCUUGAAUGUGAUAUGCUGCUGAAUAAUCUAAGCGAGUCAUUCAAUGCUAUGAUUCUAGAUGCUAGAGAAAUGGGAAUUGUGAGUAUGUUGGAAGCGAUUAGGACUAAACUAAUGCGAAGAGUUCACCAAAGAAGAGAUUCCAUGAAGAAUGUGCAUGGUACUUUAUGUCCCAAAAUCCAAAAACAACUAGAUAAAGCUAAAGAAACAUGUUUCAUGUUUACACUAGAGUGGUCUGGGGAUUCGAAGUUUCAGUUUUUGGGUAUGGGAGUCAAUUUGUAGUAGAUAUAGUUGAGCACACUUGCAGCUGCAGAAGGUGGCAAUUGACUUCAAUCCCACGUGUACAUGGGAUAGUGGCUAUUCACUUCAACAAUGAGUUGCCAGAGAAAUAUGUAGGUGAGUGUUAUCACAUUGAAACACCCACAAAGAUCUAUUCUCACUACAUUACUCCAAUGAAUGGAAGGGAUAUGUGGCCUAAAAGUGAUCAGCCUCCUGUAAUCCCACCAAAAGUUGCUCAAGUUAAAAGGGGAAGAAAAGCAAAAUUAAGAAGAAAGGAUCCUGAAGAAUUAGCGAGUGCCAAAGCAAAAUAUAGAGUCUCUAAGAGAGGGACUAUUAUCACUUGUAGUAUCUGUGGGGAAAGAGGUCAUAAUAAAAGAGCCCAUGGAAGUUUGAUUCAAAAUGCACCUAAAGUAAAUAGACCACCUAAGUAACCUAGAAGAAUGAAUAGUAAGCAUAUAGUUAGUAAUCCAGAAGCUCAAUCUUGCAUAUCUAAUUUUUCUCAGUCUCCAGAAUCUGAGCGUGCAGAUCAUACAAAUGUAUUACGGACUACGGAGGGAGAUGUGGAUUUUAAAAAACGAAGAAAAGGUCCACUUCCACAUGGGGUUUUAUUGUCAAAACCAAGAGGGUAUGUGAAGCUUUGUGAUUUGGAUAAAUAUACAUCUCAGAAAGAUCCAAGUUUUUUACCUUCUGGUGCUGAUAAGGAGAAAUAAAAGGGUGCUACUUUACCCAAUUAAAGAAGACUAAAUUGAGAUCAAGAGCCCUAGUUUGGGUUUUAAGUUUUGGAUACUCUUUUUUCUGCUUUUUGUAUUGGUUUAGGCUUUGUUUGCAACAACUUCUGCUUAAAUAAAAGCACUUUUGGGAAAAAAAAGUGAUUAGUAGUAAAAGUUGGUAGUGUUUGGUAAAAUAAGUGUUUUUUGUGUAAUAGAAAAAGUAAAAAGUAGAUUCUACACGGAAGCCGAGAAAGUAAAAGUUGG